CCGCCCUCCCUGCGUGGGGGCGGUGCUGUCGCCACGUCCGUGGGAGUGCCCGGCAAGAUGGCGGCCGCCGGCGACGCGCGCUCCUUGGCGGGCCGCGCGCUCUGCCUCGUCUUUCUGUGCGGCUGGGCCAUGGCGGCGCGCGGCCUGCAGACCUCCGAUGCUGCAAGAACAGAACUGGUUCAAAAUAUUUCUUCUGGAAAUGAGAAUGAGACCCUGAGCAGCUCCCAAAAUUUGACAGACAACUGGCAGAGUGUAACCCCAACAAAAAAGGAGGCAAGCCCCACGACAGCUAAAAUCAGUUCUGUCACCGUAGGAAAACCAUCCACAGCAAAAGAGGAUUCUGUGCCGUAUGUUCCUCGUGUGGUGACUGUUAGUCCUGUAUCUCAGGUGGAUGUUGAUGCUUCUGAGGAUACUAAAAUUGAGGAGGAAGACCUUCUGACAGAUUUGAAAGAUGCACUGAAUAGUUCACCGCCCGUAGAAAAAGAGAUUCUGGAUUCAGAUGGGGAUGACUAUGAUACUUUUGAAAUGACAUCAAAUUCCAGGUACAACCCAGACCUCCUCGAAAUGCCAGAAGAUGAUGAUUCUGACACCAUCAGCAAUUACAACGAGGAGAUCAAGUCGCUGGAUGAAAAGAUCAAAUAUGUGUCUGUCUCUGGGUUGGAAGAAGAAGAGGACAGCCAUUUCUUUUUUCACCUGGUUAUAGUUGCCUUCUUAGUAGCUGUUGUUUAUGUCACCUAUCACAAUAAGAGGAAAAUCUUCUUACUGGUCCAGAGCCGAAGAUGGAGGGAUGGGCUGUGCUCCAGAACAGUAGAAUAUCAUCGUUUGGAUCAAAACGUCAACGAAGCAAUGCCUUCUCUGAAAAUUACUAAUGACUACGUAUUUUGAAAGCACUGUGAUUUCAGUUUGCUCAACUUAUCACUCUUUGCCUGCCUAGUCAUGUAAUGAUACCCAGGUAUUCUAAACAUGCCACUUGUGCUGAAGUGAGAAGUAGUCUCUUGGAGCUGGGUGCUUUUGAGAUUAAACCUCGUGCAGGAUCAAGGGCACACGUGUCUGCUACUUUGGUCAGAUUUUAGAUCAGCUGUAGAGGUGCAGUUUAACAAUUAGUGCCGUUUCCAUUCGUUAAGCUUCUUCAUUUCUGUCUGGAGCAAUCUUAAUACCAAUCCAAAAAAAAAGCAUAAAAUAUUUUAGGUCUAAUAAAUUAAUGAGUUUGGCAUCACUAAAUCAAAUUAAUAUCUCUUUGCUAAUCACUUAUGGCUCAUGAAUCUUGCUAUAUUGCAAACUUAAAAUACAAUUGCUUUUUCCCAUGCUCAAAUUCUGAUGCUGCAGAUCUUUCAUCUUGUCUUUUUUGGUUCUGUUCUUGCUUUGCAUAGCUUGAUCCUAUUCUAGGCAGAAUAGCUGGUAUGUCAGCUUUGUAAUUUCUGCAUUUCUCACGCAGCAAAUCAUUUAAAAAUAAUUAUGUAGAAAGCAUUUGAUUUCAGAAGUUACUUAUUGCAAAAUGUUCCUGAUCUGUGAGAAGGUGUGCAGCUUUGUGACUGUCCCACUGAUAGUAACGACUAUUGCAUUUUCUUUUGGAAUUAAUGAAUGGGAAAUAAGCCUUGUUCAAUAAACUGACCUGAAAGAGAGGUAGUUGACAGGCUUCCAAUACAGCAAAGCUUUCUGUUGAAUUUUAAAUCCGUUGGGGGAAAAAAGGUCUGUGGCUUGGUCUGCUAUCAACAGGAGUGGGCUGAGAGAGUAAGAAUGCUGUGUUUUGUUGUUAUUCUGACCCAGGUAACAGGCAGAUGGAAAUAGCAGUGUGGGACUGCAGGUCUGCAGCCAGCAACUCUCCUACUUACACAGCAGUGUGAGGCAAGUUAGCGGUACGGUAGGGUGGUCUGUUCUGUUUGAACCUUGUCUUUUCUACUUCCAUUAUUUAUGUUUCCAUGAGUUGUAAAAUAUAAAAUCAUAGUUUUCUGUACAUUCUGUCGGUGAUUUUGUUUUCAAGUUGGUAAAUAUGUAAAUAACGACGGGGCAGAACCCAUAACUAAUGGCUGGGUGCUGAAACAGUGAUGUACCAUUUUGGGAAAAAAGGAAAGAUUCACAGCUGUUGGCUGAGGAGCCCAAGGGCACAGUGCUGCCUUAGAAAUGAAGUGCUGCAAGCAGUGAUUUGCUUUGUUUUCAUAACCGCCAGAAAGUAAAGUACAGGCAGAAAUAUCCCCAGAACUUUUCUUGCAGUAUUUUUGAUCAUAUUUGGACUUGUAUCUCUUAGUAUUUUUGAAUAAGGUUUUUAAAAUAAAUGACAAUAAGAAGUU